AUGUCGAUAUUCUUCUUUCGAUUUCACAAUCUUCGUCGUGCUGAGGAGAAACGAAAGAAGUGCCACAGAAAUACGAACAGUAGACAAACUAUGAGUUCAGACACACUCACCGCGCCCUCCCGGCUGCUCGAGCGCCCGCUCAGCGCGCCCGUCGACAGCUUGGACGAGAUCGCUCUUCAAAUACCCAGGUGCCCGCUAUUUAUGUAUAUGCUU